CCACAAAUAUCAAACUCAAAAAAUCUUCAUACUCAAGUCCCAACUUUUAACUUAUCUUCAUAUUUUCUCUCUUUUAGUUUCUUCAACCUUAUUUUUUGUUAAUUUUCAAGAAAAGGGGCAAUUUUUAUAGUACCCCUUUUUCCCAUUUUGUUUCUAUUUUCUCAUACCUUACUUGUCUCUCAUAGGAACUUAAUUUCUUGAAUUUUUUUUAUAGAGUUCAAGAAACCAUGAGAAAAAUUCAAGAAACCAUGUCUUACACAUAUGAUGAGGCUGCUCAAAUUAGAUCUUCUCUAUCUCAAAUUCUAUUAACAAGUAGUACCAAUACAUUAGACUCAAUCUUUUCUCAUUGCCAACAACAACAAACAACAACUAUUACGUCUCAGUCCCAAACAAUUUUUUCUGAUUGCCAAGAAUCAAAUAAUCAAAUGGCUACUAAAAAUGUUUUCGAGCCUCUAGGUUCUUCCGUCUACAACAAUAACAACUACGCCUUAGUUCCAGACAAUUUAGGUUCUUCGGUCUACCUUAGACAAAAAGAUUUGUUACAAAAAUUUUGGGAAGAAAAUAGAACAAAUGUUACAAUUCCAACAACUUCAACUCAAACCCCACAUCAAAAUACUUCUUUAUAUUCAAAGAAUUAUGUUUGUCCAAGUAAAAAAAAGUUAUAUAGAGGAGUGAGACAAAGGCAUUGGGGAAAAUGGGUGGCUGAAAUAAGACUACCUCAAAAUAGAAUGAGAGUUUGGCUUGGAACUUAUGAAACUGCUGAGGCUGCAGCAUAUGCUUAUGAUAGAGCUGCAUAUAAACUUCGAGGCGAAUAUGCACGAUUAAAUUUUCCAAAUAUUCGCGAUGAUACGAGCAAGUUAGGAUUUGGAGAUAGUACAACGAUGAAUGCUGUGAAGAGUUCUGUGGAUGCUAAAAUUCAAGCUAUUUGCCAGAAGGUUAAAAGGGAAAGAGCUAAAAAGGGUGCCAAGAAAAUAGUUGAAAGUGAUAAAAAAGUUGAAAAAAAUGUGGAUUUGGAUUCAUCAUCUUGUUCUUCUUCAAUUGUUUGUAAUGAAAGUUGGAGUAAUAGUGAUGUGAUUUCACAAAGUAGUACUGAAGAUGGAUUGUGGAAAAGUGAGAAUUCGCCUUGUUCUGUUCUUGAUGACCCCUACGUGGGGCCCAAGAACGACGAUCAUAUCACUAGCAUCACACAUCAGUUCGAAAAGCCAAUGAUGGAAUUGGAGUUUGAAGAUUGUUCUCUUGCAAGAGUGCCAUCUUUUGAUCCUGAGUUGAUAUGGUCGAUUUUGGCUAAUUAGAAGUUAUAUCGACUUGCUCUUCACGUGACUUGAACCUUCGACUUAUUUAGAAUCUCAUCUUGAGAUCUAGUGGAGACCAUUUUAUGUUGUUUGCAAUGUAAAUGGUUAAUUUUGAAGAAUGUGUAGUUAUUUAGUUUUGGUAUCUUUUGUCAAAGUUGAAUGGAAGUUUUGGCGUAACUGGUAAAGUUAUUGCCAUGUGAUCAGGACGUCAUAUAUUCGAGCCA